UAUUUAAUGACAUCAUAUUGAGGUUGGCAAAAAAUCCUGGCUAGAAUGCUGCUGGCAUCAUAUAUAUUUUGUGUCAUUGCACUGUCCUGACUGGUUAUCUUGUUUUGGCAGUUUGUGUUCGUAAAACAUAGCAGAAUGCCUACUGUUGUUUUGUCAUUAUUGUAAUAACAGUAAGUGUUAGUGUGUGCAUGGAUGCUGUAGUUUUUGCUAUUUAGAGUAUGUUGUGUACAUUUAUUUAAUGAUUGUAGAAGUCGACAUAUUCUUGAUGAUUUUCGUGAAGCAUACUAUUGGCUGAGGCAGAACACACAUCCUAAUGCAAGGGUGAUGUCUUGGUGGGACUAUGGUUAUCAGAUUGCUGGAAUGGCAAACAGAACAACAUUGGUUGACAACAACACUUGGAAUAACAGUCAUAUUGCUUUGGUAGGUCAAGCCAUGUCUUCAAAUGAAACAGCUGCUUAUGAGAUAAUGCGUGAUCUUGAUGUGGACUACGUUCUUGCAAUAUUUGGUGGAAUGAUUGGCUAUUCCGGUGAUGAUAUUAAUAAGUUCCUUUGGAUGGUUCGCAUUGCUGAAGGAGAGCAUCCUGAUCAGAUUACAGAAGCAAACUACUUCACUGAACACGGAGAGUUUCGUGUAGAUUCUGCAGGAUCCAAAACUCUACUCAACUGUUUAAUGUACAAGAUGUGUUACCAUCGCUUUGGUGAAUUUCAGACUGAUUUUAGAAUGCCAUCUGGCUAUGAUCGAACACGCGGAGUGGAAAUUGGAAACAAGAACUUUGGACUGUAUCGAGUGGAAGAAGCCUUCACAACAGAACACUGGCUGGUUAGGAUCUACAGGGUAAAAGGAUUGGAGAAUUUAGAGGGCAAAGAUCGAACAAAAAUCAUUGAAAGAGUAGACAGGAGAAGGAGACUGAAAUCAAAAGUAAGAAAUACACACGAAGGACCCGACCAAGAGAAAGAACCCUCACUCAGAAGCAAAAUGGAACCCAUUCUUACAGCUGAUGAGAUACCAGAAGUGUUGGACAGAGGAUUUCAACUUAUUCUGGAAACACUGGAAAAGUUCACCAAUGAAGGAAGUGGAUGGCGGUGGAUGGCAUCAUAA